AUGAGCGGUUUCAUGCCCGUCAACCCGCGCCCCAUGCUCCUGGCCCUCGUCGGCAAGGACAUCCGCGUCCGUCUCAAGUGGGGCUACACCGAGUACACCGGCACCCUCAUCUCCGCCGACAGCUACAUGAACCUCCAGCUUGCCAACACCGAGGAGUUCAUCGACGGAAAGAGCACUGGCACUCUUGGCCAGGUCCUGUUUCGCUGCAACAACGUUCUCUGGAUUUCUGCAAAGGACGCGGGCGAACCAGGCAAGUCAAACGAUGCAGAGAUGAGCGGUCCCAAGGCGGUAGAGGAGAAGGCUGGCAAAAAACUUCUGACGGCGGCUCCGGAGGAGACUGGCCGUCGCCAGCAGCGCAACGUCAUUAAGGAGGAUCCUGGCGAUGGAAAGGCUUGCUCUUCUACUGGCGGCACUGCCGGAACUGUGCGGUCUGGCGAUGGUCCUCGUUCUCGCGAUGCUGCUUCUCUCACCCCUCCUUCGGACAUGACCACCAUUCCUAAGCGCAAGCGCGACGAUGGCGAGGCAGAGGAGGAGCCGGUUCCCGACCCGAAGCGCGCAAAGGUCGAGAAGGAGUGA